AUGGAUACAGCAACAGCAGUAGCAGCAGCAACUACAACGACGACAACAAAAACGUCAUUGUCGUCGACAUCACCAUCGUCAUCAUUAUCGUCGCCAACACCACCAAUACCAACAACAACAACAACAGCUGCAGCGACAGCAAAUGUUCAAUUAUGUCGCAUUUGCAUCUCAUCGAAUGUGAAUUGCAGCACUCAAAUGAUUUCGAUAUUUGGCGAAGAUUCAUUAUGGCGAAAAAUUACAACAUUGGCCAAUGUUCAGAUCGAACGCGGUGAUACCCUGCCACAACAAGUUUGUGUUACAUGUGCCAAAAACACCAUAUCCGCCUGCCUCUUCAAAAAGAAAUGUGAGGAUGCGGAUAAUUUCUUUCGGCAGCAAUUACUUCUGAGUAAAAAUGAUGACAAACAACAACCACAUCACAGACAAAUCAAUGGCCAACAUAGAAAUGAUAUCGGUUAUCAAGUCCCAGACAAUCAAACUCACGAUGAGGAAGAGGAUGAAGAAGAUGACGACGAUGAUCAUCAUGAAAAUGCCAUGAUGAAAGCCGCUCUCAACAAUAAUGGCCAAAAACAGCCGACAUUCGAUUUUAAUUCCAUACGCCUGAUGCACGAAUAUAUGCAACAACAUUUGAGUAAAUUUAAUGGAAUGCAAAGUCAUCACCAGUCUGCAGCAGGUGGUGGUGGCGGUAGUGAUGCAGAGGUCGGUGGUAAUGGCAGCGCCACAGAUUCCGAUGAUCAAGAUGAUGAAGAACAUUUACCGUUAAUACCUGAAAUUGAAUUGAUAACACCCAGUGAGGAGGCGGGGGGUAGUAAUGGUGGUAGUGGUGUGGGGCAGGAAGCAUCCGGAGAGGGUAAUUCUACGGUUGCUAUGCGUGGUUAUCAGUGUCCUCAUUGUUAUCAAAUAUUCGAAAUGCGUCAAGUCCUCAAGGCUCACAUGCAAAGUGUCCAUGGCACAGCGGGACCGGUGUAUGAGUGUACGAAUUGUAAGAAGACCUAUUUCUAUAAGAGAUUCCUGGAAAAGCAUAUACGUCGCGGACGUUGUGUUAAAAAGCGACGUAAUCAAACUCGCCCAAUGCAAUGUUCCGAUUGUAAUGUCCUCUUUCCCACUGGCCAUCAUUUGGGCUGGCACAAACGCACAGGCUGUCCAUCAAAGACAGCAAAAAUGCCCCUACAGCAGCUAUUCAAGCAGAAUAUUGUUCAGUACAAUAACUUUCCACGUCGCAUUGGAAUGCGUAAACCUGAGAAUGCCUUAUAUUUGCAUAACCGGAAGUUGAUGAUGGCCAAUAACAAACGUAAAGGACGUACUCGCAUCAAGUUGGACGCACGCAAAAUCGCCCUGGCCAAACAGUUGAUAUUACGCGAAGCCACAACAACGGUUAUAGCCAAUGAAUUGAAUAUCUCGCGCACCUUUGCCUGGCGUUUGCGUAAAAGUCUGGUCAACGGUGUCAGUCUACACGAACGUGUCAUAGAUCCACCCGAAGGUGAAGAAGGUGAUGAGGGUGGUGAUAACAAUGGUUAUGAUGUAAAUGUAAAUGAAUCAGCUGCCAAUGCUGCAACAACGGAUGCCGUAGAGAAUUUCGCACAUAAGUCUGAUAACUUUUUGAAUCAUCAUCCAUUCACUGAGCACAUUAAAUGUGAAAAUCCCGAUACUGAAGAUGAAAUGGAAGGCGAUGGUGGUAGUGGUGAUCAUAAUGAACUGCCCAAUGGUGAAGACCAAGAUUUACAACAGCAACAUCAUUUACAAAUGUUACAUGAAAAUCAACAACUCGACCAACAUACACAGGCAUUGAGGCAAGCGGCAGCAGUGGCUACAUCGGUCAUCCAAAGAGCCACAACUGCAGCAGCAACGGAACAAAAUUUAACUCAGCAACAACAGAAGGCCAUAGAACAAAAAUUUCAUAACACAAUAUCUGUAGUACAACAACAAAGACUUAUGGAAUUAAAUCCCAAUAAAGAAUACACUGUUCCGCAUCGUCAUCAUUCUGCGCAGCAGAGAAAAUCCGAUGAUGAUGAGGAUGAUGAUGGUACUGAGAGUAGACAGGAUAGUGAAAUGACUGAAGAUACUCAUCAUUAUCUUCAACAACAGCAACAACAAGAGACUGAUAUGAACAAAUGUGGUGUUAAUAGUCAACAGCAACAACAACAGAAAUAUUUAAAAACUAAUUCCCUAAAUAACAUACCCGAUCCCUUAGUUGCAGGAUCAAGUAGCAGUAAAAUGUCGCUAAUAUCACAGUUGACACCAGCAGUAGCUGCAGCCAUAAACCAAUUACCGGUUAAUUUAUCCAUACGGCCAAUAGCAUCAAUGCAGAAUAAUAAUGAAUCCCCAUCAAACGAUGCCACAACGAACAAUCCCAAAAAGAAACCACGCAAACCGAAUGUUUUCAUUGAUGAUGAAAAAUAUGCCAUGGCCAAAAUGUUGGUGGCCCAGAAUGCCUCAACCAUGGAAAUUGCAAAAGCAUUGAAUGUCUCACAAAUGACAGCUUGGAAACUGAGAGAUGCCAUUAUUAAAGGUGUGCCACUAUCAUAUCGAAAUCGUCGUGAUAUGCGUAUGACAUCGAUGUCCUCCGGCAGGGCGGAAGAAGAUGUUGCCAGUAGUAGUAGUAUGAUGCCAGCAGCGAUGAGUGAACCUAAUGAAACCAAUCAACGUGAAACAGAUGCUGAACGGCAACAGCAAGCCCUGUUGGUACAACAACAAUUGGAACAUCAACAAAAGUUACAGCAACAACAUUUACAACAACAGCAACAAAUACAGCAGCUAUUACAAAGGCAACAACAAUUACAACAGCAGCAACAACAAUUGGAACAGCAAAAACAAAAACGUUUACAGCAACAACAGCUCGAAGAACAACAGCAGCAGCAACAAUUACAACUUCAACAACAACAGCAGCAGCAACAACACGAACACAAAUCUUCAAACCCGAGACGUCGUCUUAAGGCAGCUGAACGUGAAAUUCGCGACAAAGAAAUUACACGAGAAAUCCUGGAACUUAUCAAAGAGGAUAGCAACAUACAAUAUUGGAAGGUAUCGGCCCGUCUGGCCGAAAAAGGUUAUGCCAUUUCACCCUCCUCGGUGUGUCAAAAAUUAAAAUCCAUGGGUAUACAUAGGCGCUGGAAGCCUGGUGAUAAGCCACCCCUGAUCGAUAUGGAACAUUUAAAGGCCACAGCGGCGACAACAGCAACAGCAUCCUCGGCAUUGGCUGCAAAUAAUAGUUUGGCAGCAGUUGCCACACUGGCAGCCGCAGCGGCUGCCGUUAAUGCACAAAAUGCCUCCUCAUCUGCUGAUGAAAGUUAUGAGCAGCAAUUCGAUAUGGGUGGCGCACAUUUUCUUAGUGCCUUUACACGUUAGGAAAAUAGAUUGAGGG